ACCGGCAGUUUCUGGGAGUCAUAAGCUUUCCAUCCAUCGCAGCGGUUUUAGUUUGUCCCUGGGAAAUGUUUAUACUAGAAAAGGCUCAACUGGGGUAUUCAUUAGCUUCUCCGGUCCCUCUGGCUUUUGGUAGACUUGACAACAAUGUGCGAAGAUAAAAUGAGCUGGUCAUCUCAGGAUCAUGGAAAACCUGGAGUCUAGGCUCAGGAACGCUCCCUGUUUCCGCUGUGAGAAGGGAAGCGAUUCUGUCCCCGAGUGCCAGAAGUGCGAAACAUGUAUCUUGGCUUGCAAGAUCUUCUCUGCCAAAGAGUGGUUCCGCAGGGUCAGUGAGAUGUCCCAGAGGAUGUUUCUAGUUAGCAUUCUGGAGCAGUUAGAUAGCUUGUACUUGUUACACUAUUUUCAAAACAUCCUUCAGACCACACAGAGCAAGGAUUUUAUCUAUAACAGGUCCCGGAUCAACCUUAGCAAGAAGGUAGGGAAAACCCUGAAGGCUUCCUUGAACCAGAUAUUGGAUAAAACUGUGGAACAGAAGAUGGAGGAGAUCUUGUCCUGGUUUGGGAAGAGCCCCAACGGGACUAAGGCACAUUUCACACUCCUGCUGCUGCAGAUGUGUGACUCCAAGUUACUGCUCACUGCUGCCGACGUCAUCAGAGCCCUGCUUCUGAGAGAGCAGAAGCACAUCUCAGGGUUGGAUCAAGACUCCAGCCAUGUGUUUUUCUUCCCUGAGAAAGGCUACAACCCCCAGUCCAAGACCUCCCAUGUCUACUGGGCAGCCCGAACCAAGCACACAUCCUUCCCUUUAUCCAAAACUUGAGAAGGCAACUUGCUUGAAAAUUCUCCUUCUGUCCCAGAGGAACAAUGCAAGUGUUCACUCUAGUGCAUUUCCAAAAUGCAUGCUCUGUUUUCUGGAAAAGCAGGGAGGCCCAAGGCCAAGAGUGCCCCCGCCAACAUCCUGCCUGACCUGAGUGCUGUUGGAGGCCUGUCUUCUGGGGUCAGCAAAUUCCGGGACUUCAUCCGUCAGCUGCCUAGCCACCUCUCCAAGUACAUUCUAAGUAUGCUGGAUACAAACACCCUGAACAAGUGUGCAUCUGUGAGCCAGCACUGGGCUGCGUUGGCACAGCAGGUCAAGGCGGACCUGUCGAUGCACACGUUCAUUCAGAACCAGGUGGCCCUCCUGCAGGGGUCUUACAUCAGGGGCAUAGAUCCUAAUUAUGCCAACAAGCUUACUAUCCCGGUUCCUAAAAUGGUAGAUGACGGACAAUGCAUGCUUGUGAAAAACCAGAAAUGGAAACCGAGAACAAAGAAUGACUACAACCUGUGGACUGCAUAUCAGGGCCAGGAAACUCAGCAGGUCCAGAUGGAGGAGAGAAAUGUCUUCUGUGGGACUUACAAUAUCCACGUUCUCUCUGACAUGUGGGACCGAAAGAGAGUCAUCCACUGUUCUGGGGGAGAUUUGUUAGCUGUGUCAUCCAAUCGGAAGAUCUGGCUUCUGGACAUUGUACAAGUAAAGGAGAUACCCACAGAGUUCCGAGGCCAUGCUGGGAGUGUCCGUGCCCUCUUCUUGUGUGAGAAGGAAAACUUUCUACUGAGUGGGAGUUAUGACCUGAGUAUCAGAUACUGGGAUCUGAAAAGUGGGGCUUGCAUACGAAUCUUCAGUGGCCACCAGGGGACAAUCACUUGCAUGGAUUUAUGUAAGAACAGGCUGGUAUCUGGAGCAAGAGAUUGCCAGGUGAAAGAGUGGGACAUAGAGACAGGAAAGUGCCUGAAGACGUUUAAACACAAAGACCCCAUCUUGGCCACCAGGAUCAAUGACACCCACAUCGUGAGCAGCUGUGAGCGGGGGAUAGUCAAAGUGUGGCACAUUGUCACAGCCCAGCUGGUAAAGAUUCUCAGUGGCCACGAGGGAUCUGUGAAGUGUCUGUGCUUUGACCAGUGGCAUCUCCUCUCUGGCAGUGCUGAUGGGCUGGUCAUGGCCUGGAGCAUGGUGGGGACAUAUGAGCGAUGCCUCAUGGCCUUCAAGCAUCCAAAGGAGGUGCUUCACGUGGCCCUCCUCUUCCUCCGGGUCAUCAGCGCCUGUGCCGAUGGCAAGAUCCGCAUCUACAGCUUCCUGAAUGGGAAUUGCCUGAAGGUGUUGAAAGCCAGUGGCAGAGCUGAUCCCGUGCUGUCCUUCUUUAUUCAGGGCAACAGGCUGGUGAUCAACACAGAGAGCAAUAUUCUCUUGUUUCACUUUGAAAAUAUAAAGUGGCAGUACUCCGUGGAACGGGCCAAACAAAAGAAGGAUAAAGAGGACAGAGAAGAGAACAGCCUCGCAAAAGUUCUCUCCAAGUCUAGCACUCAGACUUACAGCCUGAGGGACUCAAUAUCCAGUCAACAAGCAGUGGCCCAAGAGUCCUCCCUCUUAAACAAACCUCACAGGCCCUGCCUUCUGUUGAGGACAACCAGGUCACCUUCAUGUAAGAGAGGCGAAUCCCAGGCCAUCUCAGUGGCCCCCAAAGGAGAAGAGCCAGAUGAUGUGGAGAAAGCACAAAAACAACUGGAAAAUCCUGGAGACUUCAUCCACCACCCAAAGAAAAGGUCCUGGCAAAUCUCUAUGUUGCCAGACCAGUUCCUCCUGACCGUCAAUACAGUGCAGCAAGCUCAUAACUCAGGGGAGUUUGCCUAUCCCGGCAGGCCCCAAGCCCAAAUCAUUGAUGUCUGGGGACCUUCAAUUUCACAUCCGAGGAAGGUCCUGAGUUUCAAAGGAAAACCUGUCCAACAUGCAGUGGAUAGGUUGAGAUUCAGCAACCCUCCCAUACAUGUGAAACAGACCAACAUUCCCCUUGAAAUCCAGAAACUGCAGCCCAACUUGAAGAACUCUUUGCACAGUCCCCGGGUCCAGUCCACCAUACCCCAGCCCAUGAUUAUCCACCCCAGGUUCUCUGGCAGUUUAAAGGGUGAAGACCAAGCCACCAGUUUAACUGAUGGGACGGUGCGUAGCUUCAGCCCCUUGACUAGCUCGCAGGUCAUUAAACGGAACCGCAUGCUGGCUCCCUCGGCGGCCACAGCAACCCAGUUGGUCAGGAGGAGACAGCCUCGCUUCUACUCCGCCCUCGAUCCCUUUCCAGUGAACACGGAGCUCGUGCUGCUGACUGUGAGGGAGGAGAAAGAGUAUGUGGAAGCCAGGAUGAAAGAGUGUCAGGCCAGAAAGCCUCCUGGUGUGCUCAAUCCAGAAAAAGCCAGCAAAGCUGCUUGGAUCAGGAAGAUCAAAGGCCUGCCGAUAGAUAAUUUCAUGAAGCUAGGGAAAACAGCAGCCCCCGAACUUGGACAAAAUGUAUUUAUCUGAAUCAGCCUUGGGAAAUUACAGUGUCUUACAAUAAA